GUGGUGCACUGGUGGGAGUGAAGCCAUAAAUUUCACUGGUAUUAGUAACCAACGUAGCUAUUUCAUCUUUUUCAACGUUAAUUUGUUGAAAGAAAGUCGUUGAAGAAGAACAGUCUUUACAUUCUUCUUGGAAUACUUCAUGUGAGAGAGAGAGAGAGAGAGAGAGAGAGAGAGAGAGAGAGAGAGAGAGAGAGAGAGAGAGAGAGAGAGAGAGAGAGUGAGUGAGUGAGUGAGUGAGUGGUUUCGUUUCGUUUUAAUGGCUGUGGGUACCUGAGGACUCCGAUGCGCCACAGAAGAGAGAGAUUCAAUCUCAGCACCUUCAUCGGUUCACUUAAUAAAUUAUUCAACACUGGGUUAACUCUGUUUUUCCAUCUCAGUUGCAUGGUCGGCGAUUAAUGAAUUUUAUGCUGUUCCUUCGCUUACACUUGCUCAGAAAACUUGAAUCUUCUAUCUGUGGUAUAAAUAUGCUACAAAGAUGAGUUGUGCCUCUGAACGUACUUAUUGUUCUGUGACUGAACCAACGCACGUAAAAGUCAGAUUGGUUUUUAAUAAUAAGAAGAUUACAGUUGUAAAAAUAUCGGAUGUUGUUGAUUUCCAAGACAAACGUCCUUGCGACUGUAAUGAUUAUGAAAAGCAGAAAGUAUAUGAGUGCAAACUGGUUGAUGAGAAGGGUGUUAAAAAUUUAGUACCUGUACAAAUAGGGGGCUUAGCAGUCUUAAAUUCUUUAGAAGAGGAUGAAGAAUUAUAUAAUUUCAAGGCCAAAAGAGGAAAUUUUCCACGCUUAAAUACUUCAGUUAUAGAUGAAUAUCUACAAAAAGAUCAUGCCACAAACGUGUCAAUUGAAAAAAUUGAUAAACAGAAAAAAAUCAACGCUGAAGAUAAAGAAACGAAAAAAAGAGUUAAAGAACACAACAAAAAAUUGCAAGAAGAUAUCUUGGAUCAAAAACAAAGAACCAAUUUAGAUGCAAAAAUUUUCAACUUUAAAAUGAGAAAAUUUAUGGAAACAAGUGCAGACAUGGAAAUAGAUCUACAUCAACAAGAAGUGCAAGAAACAGAUAUAAAAAGUAACAACAAUAUCAUUGUAGAUGAUAAAAAGAUCGAAAUAGUACAAGAAAAUUCUCCUUUUUAUAAUGAGCAAAUUUUGUCUUUAAAAGAAAUUGUGAAAAUUACGACUGUUGAGCGAGAUGCUAUGGAAAAAGUGUGCCUUAGGCAUAAGGAGAAUCUUAUCAUUGAAAAAAAGAAAACUGAAAAAUACAAAAUAAUUAAUGAAAAAUUACAAUUUCAAUUACUUCAAUGUGAAGAGUCAUGUAAAGUUUUGAAGAAAGAAUUAUCUUUAUCGAAAAGCUUGAAAGUCGAUGAAAAUGCAAGUAAUUUUGCCAAUACUCGUAUUGAAAGCCAGAAUGAAAUACUUAUGUCAAAAGAGAGCAUUCGACACGGUAGCAAUCAAUUAGAAAAGACACCUCCUAUGAAACCUAUAUAUGCACAUGAUGAAUUAAAUUAUUCGCCAAGUUUAGUAAACGUAGGAAUUAAAGGACGUAGCAAUGCUGAAAAUAAAAUUGCUCCAAGAAAUUUGUAUACGCUUAAUCACUUUAGUUCAACUCCAAAAUCAACCGCAACAAUUAGCGGCAAUGUAACCAAAAAAAGUAAUGCUGAAAUAAAGAACCAGCACAAUUAUAAACCUAUCGAAGACUCAUCUGCACCUUUAAAUUCAAAUGUGUUGGAAAGUCUACAAGACAACAAUGAAUCAGUAACAGUAUCACCAAAGAACAGCCCUAUUUUGUUCAAGUCACAGAAUCCCAGAAAAAGGAUAAUUUUUGAUUCUGAUGAUGAAAACUCGUUUGACUUACCAUUAAAGAAACCUCAGCAUAUCGGUUUUAGUGAAACCGAAUUUCUAACACUAGCAGCAGGAAUUUCUAGUUCCAAGAAAUUAUUUACACACAAGAUGCCCCAGUCUAAUGAAAAAGCAAAAAGUAACCAUGAUUUUGAAGAUAAUAAAUCAAACAACACAGGAGCAAGUUCUUUACCGUCAAUUGAUUCACGUUUCAAGAAUUUUGGACACAAAAAUACAAUCAUCGAUGAAGAUGGAUACAAGAUAAAAGUAUUUAAAAUAACUGAUCAACUCAAAAUUCCCUUAGAGAAUUGGGAAAAAUACAUAAGAAAAGAAGCAAAAUACUUUUUGAAAAUGAUUUUUCGACACAUGUACCCUUCUGAGGAAGAUCGUGCAAGAAAAUGUAUCAAAGCUCACUCAACGAAGGUUACACCAAACAAAAAAAACUGUAGAUAGCCUUUUGAUUCAUUUGAACUCGAUAUUUUAGACAGAUGUCUUUUAUAUUUUAAAAAGAAAAGAGGCCAAGCAAAACCAUCUAUGAAAGAAUUAUCAAUUGAAAGAAAUUCUUACUUGACGGAAGAAAUCAAUGCUUGCAUUCAGAGUAUGCGCAAAAAAGUCAACGUGCAGUAAUGUAUGCAAGAAGUUAUUAUUAGAUUUAAGUACAAAUCGUACUUUAACAUUUUUUUUUCUUUUAGUAAUAGUUGUUCCUCUUUAGUCUAUUCACAGCCGAUAUUUAUAUUCCAAAUGUUUUUUAUAAUGUAAAAUAAUCAUCUAUGUGGAUACUCAUUAUUUUAAUCACUUGACCGUUGUCAAGAUUAUUUUUCUAAUAGAAAAAUAAUAUAAUGCGAAUUCUUUUUUUCUUUUUAUUCAACUACAAUUAUUCAAAAUAUUGUUAAAAAAGGUAUAUUCCUCUCUAAAUUACAAAUCGAAAAAUAGUUUAAUGAUACUUCAAGACUAAUGUAUGAUUCGUUCAUGUGUGAUAUUAAUGUGAUCAUAAAAAUACAGAAUUAUCUUUGAAAAGUAUUUUCAAUAUGUUUAAAAGGCGUACACGUUACCAUUAUGUAGUAUAUUUAUAAAAUAUACUUAUGACUUUGCGAACUAGAAAUUAAACAAAUGAAGUUACUUUACG